UCCCUCACGCAUUGUUGACGUCCGUACGUGGACGACGCCUGACUUCCGCACAUUAAUAUGAACUGGACGAGCGAAGACCACAAAUAAGUGUUCACAAACCUGUAUUCUCAAUAAUUGGACAAAAUGUCAGACUCAGACUCGGAUUUUGACCACCAAGGCAACUGGAAAUCCUCCAAACGCCGGAGACAAGUGAGAAACGACACGAUCAUCACAUUUCGUCCAACAGAGGAGAUUUUUGACAGAUGGAGCUUCAUCCCCGUGGAAACCAUGAAAGAGGCGGCGCAGCGGAUGAAAGUUUGUGCGUUCUGGCUUCCCAUCCUGCUGCAGCCCGAAGAGUCCAGCAGCAUCAUUUCCUGGGCUCAAGAAAUCGGUCUCAUCACAAAGGACAGCGAAGACUUGACCCUGAGACACAUAGUCCGGAUAGAAAUAGUGGAAGCCGUCCUCAGAGCCCUGGAGAAUGGAUCUCGGAAAAAAGAACAAGCGAAACAGAUCAUCUAUAUAAGCAACAUGUUUAACUUGCAGAGGACUCCAGAUGUUCUGGAUGACGGUAUCUGCUGGUUGGAGCAAACAGGAGAACCUGGCAUCCGCCAGCGCCUGAUGCAGUUCGGUCACGCGAAAACCCGCUUCACCGCCCUCCACUUCAUGUUCACAGAGUAUGCGAGGUUCGUUCAUGAGAUGGGAGGCUACUUGGAGAGGACGCUGAGCUCGCUGUUGGCUGCACCGGUGGAGUAUUGCGUCGAGAAAAGUGAAGAAAUGAAGAAAAAGGGAAACGAGAACUUUCAGAAGCAGAUGUAUGAAGAAGCCGUGAAGUAUUAUUCCAAAGCCAUCAAAUUUUACCCUGAUAACCACAUAAUUUAUGGAAACAGAGCCCUAUGUUAUCUCCGGUCUAAGAAAUAUCUAAAAGCAGUAGCUGAUGGAAAACGUGCUAUUCUCCUAAAGCCUCUGUGGGCAAAGGGCCACUACCGCUACUGUGAGGCCUUGUUCUUGUUGGGUGAGGUGAGAAAAGCCCUCGAAGCAAACAAUACAGCUCAGAAGUUGUGUAAAGACGACACAGAGGGAGCUAAAGACCUGGAACAACAACAUCAAAAAUUCCUUGCUGAAUUACCAGCUGCUAAAGUUGGUUCGUCAAAGAAACCUCAAAGAUUUAAAGUCGGCCUCGUGGUGGAUCAGUCUCAUUCUGUAAAAGCUAUUAAGAAGACCGUGCCGACAAAAAGUAUGCCUACAAAGGUCUCAGAGGGUAAAGUGGAGAAGCAGUCAGGGAGGAAUGAAAAGAUGCAGACGGACGAUUCUAAACCAUCGAAAAGUGACUUUUCUUCAAAGAACGGGAAAGCAGAAUCCAACGCUGCAGCGAAGAAGAAAGCAAAGAGCAGGAACGUUCCAGCUGAACAGGAGAACCAUAAAGAGUUGGACAACGUGGGAACCGUGUGCAAACAGCUGAGAUCUUUGGUGCAGGACGCCCACACGGCCCUGGCCGACCUCCGCAGCCGCAACUCGGAGCAGGCCUUCAGCCGGGCGCUGGCCUUAAUGGAAACCGUAGAACUCAAGGAACUUGGACUUUCCACGAUGGACAUAUUGUUGUUGCUCUUUGGUCGAGCGUCAGCCCUGACAGAAAUCGGGCAGCCUGAGGAACUUUCCGAAGCACGAAAACUUCUCCAGAAGAUAAAAUCCUAUGAGAAGAGGACGUUUCAGUGUCUAGUUUUUUACGCCGUCGGCCGAGUGUACAUCAAAGAAAACCGGUUUCGAGUUGCUCUGGAGCAGUUUUUAGAUUCUCUUCAGAUGGUGAAGAAUCAAAUAACUCCUGGUAAACUCACUUGGCCUUUAACCAAAGACAUCGUCAAAGAAACACAGCCCGACUAUUUCAAGGAGAUUCUGGAGAACGCUAUAGAGUUGUGCAGAUUUCCUCCUCCUCCCGAAGCCAUUUGUCGUCUUGAGAAAUGUCUUGGUCCCGUGAAAUGUGAAAUCUACCUAACUGAUCCAGAUUUUAAGGGCUUCAUUCGGAUAUGCUGCUGUCACAGCUGCACGGUCGAAUAUCACAUCAACUGUUGGAAAACCGUGAAGACGUCGAGCUUCUCUGACAGGAAUGAAAAGGAUCUUCUACAAGAACCAUGUUUGACUCCGGACUGUGUCGGUCAAAUCUGUAGUAUCAAAAUCUAUUGUUCAACGGGCCUGGUGAAGUGUAAGUUUGAAGCUACGAUCUCUAAACCAAAGACGCAGAGGAAGCAGAGAGUGAACCAGAUAUGUACAAGUCUGAAGAAGUUAAAAUCAAAGGAGGAGCGCAAAUUGAAAAGAAAGCAGCAUAAACCGUCAUUUCAGGAUAAGCGAGGUAACAACAAUGAGAUUUUACAGGAGAAAGAAGACUCAGCGUCUCACAGUCAACAGAAAGCCUGGUUAGUGUACAGGGAUCGAGUUCUUCUCCAGAUCAGCCAGAACAUGGAGCUCGUGCGGGGGGAGACCAGGCUCCACGUUUCCACGCUGUGCACCAGCCUGAAGCCGUGGCUGGAGCUGGACUCGUCGAGGGGGAACCAGAUCGCCGCCAGGCUCCUGAACUGGGAGCAGGAGCAGCUCCAGACUCUGGGUCAAGUUGUGGAGCUGAUGCUGGAGAGGAAGAACCGCGUUUGGGCUCGUGUCUUCGUCCAGCAACUCAGCAGCUGUGCAGAUGUGCAUCACAAACUCCUGAGCUGGGCGUGUCAGCUGAACAGCGCAGGACUGAAUGCUGCUAAAUCCUUUGUUGAACGCUACGCUGAACAUCUGGAGCAGCUGGACCUGGCUCUGUUGCUCACCUUUGACCCGUUGCAGCAGAUGAUUUUAGAGAAACUCGGCACUAGGCCGGAGCUUUUAUCAAGCAUUGGCUUGUCUGUGACUGAAUACCUAAAACAGGCUCCGACGGAUGACUUGAGACUCUUUAUCUGGACUCUGGAGGAGCAUAGAGAUGACUAUGUGUCCUGCCACGCUAUACUGGAUGAAUAUUUUGAUAUGAUGGAUGGACAUUGUUCGGUCUUAAAAAAGUCAGAUGAAAAUCAAAAUAAUUCUCCUAUGAAGGCUAAGAGUCGAGGCCGGAAAAAGAAACAGAAAGAACCAAAGGGUGUUAUUGUUUUGUCUGGAAUGAGAGGUGUAGCUUCACAAAGAGAGGAGUGGGACCAAGACUUUUUUGAAGAUGAAUCUUUAUCAUUCCUACACCCUGAGGAUCUGUUCAGUGUUCCCAGUCACCUUCGAGAGCAAGUGGCAGAUUUUGAGGAUCAGUACAACGGCACGAGAACGAGAACUCACUAUAAAAGCAUUUUGGACAACAACCCCGACCCCACAAAAGAGAGUUUGUAUGACUACUUCGCUCAAAUCCUGGAAGAGCACGGUCCGCUGGUGGCGGAGGACCCCCUGCUGGUGGGCGAACUGGAAAAUUUCCCGUCUGUGGCUCAGCAGAAGAUCGAGGAAGCGGGCGGCUUCGAGGCCUUCCUCCUGGACUCGCUGCGCUUCAUAAAGAUGGGGAGGUGUAUCGGCCUGGCCAAGCACGCCGUUUCCCUGCAGCAGUACGGGCACGGAGCCAGCCUGGACGACCUGGACAUUAUAGUGGACACUGCUAAUAACUCCCUGUCUCCUGAUUUGCUUGCAACCAAUGGAGCUGCUUACGCGGGCUAUUUGAACCCAUAUUUACCUGCACACACCGCUGUCUAUCCCACCCUCCCAAAUCCAUAUAUUUAUGACUUCCAGUCAGGAGGAAGUGACCCUUUCCUCCAUUGGUCUAACGGUGACGACCAGGAGCUCAAUUACUAUUAUCCUAGUUGCUAUGAGGAGCUGGACCUUGACACCUUUGAGGAGGAUGGUGGACAUAUGGAAAGUGAUUCAACCUCGGGUGGAACCGCUUCAGUGACGGCGGAUGAAAACGUUUUGACGAGACAUGCUGCAGUGCAGACGUGUCCCGAGGCCAUGAGGAGUGUAGCAGUGAAUACAGAAAUUCAUGAGCGCUUUGAAAUCUGCCAGGGUGACAUCAACAAAAAAGAGAAGGACAACAGGAAUUUGGAGCAGCAGAUCAGGGAAAUGGCGAACGGCUGCGACAAAGUCAGCUUAAAACACAAAGAAGACGUCCGGUUACUGGAGGAAGACCUGCAGAGGAUCAACGCCAACAUACAGGUGACCAACGCGGAGCUGGAGCUGUUCCAGCAGAAGCUGGAGGAGGAGGUGAAGAGGGACCAGAGGGAGAAGAAAGCAAACCAGGAAGCACUGAAGGCGCUGAAGCUGGAGAUAGAAGAGCUGGUGGAGGAACAGGGACGCCUCGUCCACAGCAUCCGAGAGAAGAAAGCCAGCUUUGAGGCCAAGCUGAAUGAUUUCCUGGAGCUGGGGAAUCAGUCGGCCACUGAGAAGAUGAGUCUGGAGGAUGAGAUCAAACGCUGUAGAGGCUUGUUUUCCUCGGCCAUCAGGAGGUCUCGCACAGCUCAGUUGUCGGUGGUGGAAAGCAGUCGGGAGCAGGUUUUGUUCGGCCUCCACAGGGAGCUGACAGACGCCAAAACUUUACUGAGCAAACUGGACGAGGCGUCGCACAGACACUCCCACAAAGACCUGGAAGUGGCCAAACAGUCGUGGAGAUCCACCGUCGAAGAGCUUGAAAAGAAAAUCUCUGCUGCCGAGCGUCAGAGCCAGGAGCAGCUGGACCAGAUGAAGACCGGCGGGAGGAGAGUCGGGGAGUCGCCUCCGGUCAACAACCAGCCUGAAGCUGCAGCUGCACCAGCACCAACCAGACCGGUGCAACUUUCUGCGGAGGCCAAAGAGUUCACUCCUUUAUCUCAGGCCUCCCUCAGAUUUCCAGAGGCGCCGCUUCCCCACAGACCUGCAACCAGACCAGCGGAGCCGUCGCACAACACCGUGUUCGACAAAUCCAUGGAGACGCUGAGCACCAUGUUCCCCGAUUAUACAAGGCCAGACUUGAUGAGGUUUGUUCAGGAGUUGCGUUCUUCCAGUGGGGGGAGCCUCAACAACAUGGCGCUGCAGGAUGUGGUGGGUGGAGUGACACAGCUGAUCCUCGACCACCAGGAGAGGCUUAUUUCUGCCAGGUCCAACAUCUUGGGUCGUGGGAGUCCGGCUCCGUGUGCGACCCCUCCCUUGUUGCCCCCGGCGCCGGUUUGGCAGUCGGUCACAAGCCAGAGACUCAAAAACUCCAACUCGGCACUAAACAUGGAGGAUCCGUGCAUCAUCUGCCACGAAGACAUGAGUCCAGAGGACACAUGUGUGCUGGAGUGUAGACACAGCUUCCACGACGAGUGCAUCAGGUCGUGGCUGAAGGAGCAGAGCACCUGUCCCACCUGCAGAAACCACGCUCUGCUGCCUGAGGACUUCCCCGUGCUGCCUGGAAGGAGACGUCCAGCCCCGUGAACUCUCAUCUUUGAAAAGAAACUUGACUGAAGCUUUGUUUGUUUGUGUUUGUUUGUUUUUUUUGCUAUCAUGGAAAUGUCAAAGUGUGCAGGGAGUCACCAGUUCACACUCCGAGGAAGUAAAACGGUCUCAUGCUGGAGUUUGUCUCCUGUUCAUUCAUCCUUUGGGGGUUUCACUCUCAUUUACAGCCACUUCCUGGAGUCUGAACUGAACUCAGUUUAAACUUUGAUUUUUUUUAUGGUAGGGUGUUUUUGUGUCUUUUAUAACCUGUGCUUUGUGUCUUAACGCGUCUCGUCUUCUCGUGUAACUAAAGGAAAUAUAAUCGAAUGUUCAGGACGGACACGAUUUAUCUCCUCAAGCUGCUGCUCUGUGUGAAAACUAAACCGUGGACCAUUUAACUGUCUUGUGUUUUUGUGUUAUUAUGUUGUUGACCAAUAAAUAAAACACAAAAUACCACAAUAA